GUCCGCCGCAGAGCCCCAACACCUUCUAUCCAUUGCUUGAGUGCAUCCAUCACUCACAGCAGCAUCCCUAGACUGACUGCUCUCGCGUAGGAGUCUCUCUCUUGACGGCUUUCCCUCUGCGUCUGCGGUCCUCCACACGCCAUGGCAUCCAACGGCGCAUCCCCCGCCGCCCCUACCCGUGCGUCUCCAUCGCCCCCGGCGGUCCCCAGUGGACAGAGCCUCGUCGAACGAAGUAACCCCAUGGCUAAUGGACAAGCCUCAGCUCCCCAAACCGUCUCCUCCAAAGACCCCAAAGCCGCAGCCCAGGCUGCGAGUGAUAUGAGGAACAUUGUCCGCAGGAAACUCACCGGCUAUGUUGGCUUCGCGAACCUGCCCAACCAGUGGCACCGCAAGAGCGUGCGCAAGGGGUUCAACUUCAAUGUGAUGGUAGUCGGCGAGUCUGGACUUGGCAAAUCUACCCUCGUGAACACACUCUUCAACACGUCGUUGUAUCCUCCGAAGGAACGCAAGCCCCCGAGUCUCGACAUCUCCAAGACUGUCUCGAUACAGUCCAUCAGCGCCGACAUCGAGGAGAACGGCGUCCGCCUGCGACUGACGGUUGUCGACACGCCCGGCUUCGGUGACUUCAUCAACAACGACGAGUCCUGGGAACCUAUUGUCAAGAACAUUGAGCAGCGAUUUGAUGCCUAUCUCGACGCGGAAAACAAGGUCAACCGCAUGAACAUCGUGGACAACCGCAUCCAUGCAUGCGUUUACUUCAUCCAGCCCACCGGCCACUCGCUGAAACCUUUGGAUGUCGAGGUGAUGCGCAAGCUGCAUACCAAGGUCAAUCUCAUCCCCGUCAUUGCCAAGGCUGAUACCCUGACGGAUGAGGAGAUCAACGCUUUCAAGCAGAGGAUUCUCGCAGACAUUAACUACCACAAGAUCCAGAUAUUUGAGGGCCCUCGUUAUGAACUCGACGAUGAGGAGACGAUCGCUGAGAACAAUGAGAUCAUGUCCAAGGUGCCGUUUGCCGUUGUCGGUGCCAAUGCCGAUGUCACCACGGGUGACGGUCGCAAAGUCCGAGGACGCCGCUAUCCUUGGGGUGUCAUUGAGGUCGACAACGAGGAGCACUGUGACUUUGUCAAGCUUCGCCAGAUGCUCAUCCGCACACACAUGGAAGAACUCAAGGAGAACACUAACAACUUCCUGUAUGAGAACUACCGCUCGGACAAGCUCACGGCCAUGGGCGUGCAGCAAGAUUCAAGCGUGUUCAAGGAGGUCAACCCUGCAGUCAAGCAGGAGGAGGAGCGCUCGUUGCACGAGGCCAAGCUCCAGAAGAUGGAGAUGGAAAUGAAGAUGGUCUUCCAACAGAAGGUUUCGGAGAAGGAGAGCAAGCUGAGACAGAGCGAAGAAGAGCUCUAUGCUCGCCACAGGGAAAUGAAGGAACAGCUAGACCGACAGCGACAGGAACUGGAAGAGAAGAAGACCAGAGUCGAGCAGGGACGACCACUCGAAGAAAAGGGCAAGAGGAAGGGGUUCUCUCUCCGUUAAACUCCGCAUCCAUCUCGACGAGAUGGCGCUGGCAUUCCUCGUAUCUUGGACGACUUCCACAACACAAAAGGCCUCUUCUCUCUUCUCUCACCCCCCCUUUACCAGACCUUGUUUAAUUUGACGCCGCUUGACGAUAUCACUGGGUGGUGUCGGCAACGGAUAAUUCACGGUGGUGCGGCGAAGGUUUUGACGGACUUG